UAGAAAAGUAAAACAAUCAGAAGUGGAAACUAAAGCAGCAAAGACAAAACUAUCUUGAGCAUCUUCAUCCGCUGCCAUCAUCUGGUGUAAGCUCCGAGGAAAAAAAAUAAUGUUCAUAGAUUUUUUUAGCCAUAAAACAUCUUCCUUCUCUGGUCAUCAAUCUAUGAUUGAGUGCAAAUCUGCAAAAAAGGUGAAUGAAUGUUUGAGCUUGGAAUAAACCCCAAUUUUUCAGCCAAUCUCUUAGUAUUCUUGUUUAGGUGAGUUGCACAACAAUAACUAGAUCCUCUUCUAUAAGAAAUCAAGGAGACCAUGUGCAUCUACAUUGAGGUUUCUAGCUUGAAACACCAUAGCAACAACAUGUAUCUUCAACCUUUGCAAGAAUUGAGUCCUGGUUUAGUACCAUUCGAACGCUCCAAAACCUCACCAGAGAAACAAAAAUGCCAAUUGUCAUUGGAAAUUUGAAAGAGGCUACCCAUCCUGAUACCCUGAAGGCUGCCGUAGCUGAAUUCAUUUCCAUGCUUACUUAUAUUUUCGCCGCUGAAGGCUUUGCCGCAUCAUCUAGGUUGACGAGCGGCGAAUCAACAGUGCAAUCCGGGCUGAUUGCUGCCGCGAUAAACCAUUCAUUUGCUCUUUAUGUAGCAGUUUUAAUGGCCACAAACAAAUCUGGGGGUCAUGUUAACCCUGCUGUCACCUUUGGCGCCUUUAUUGGAGGUCACAUUACCUUAUAUAGGAGUGUUUUAUAUUGGAUUGCUCAAUUGCUUGGUUCUGUCGUGGCUUGCUUGCUCCUCAAGUAUUCCGUUGGUGAUGGGGAAGUAUCAUCAUUCCCUCCUACACUACGCAAUGCAGUUGUUUUUGAGAUAGUGACGACAUUUGGGCUUGUUUACACAGUUUAUGCAACUUCUAUUGACCCCAAGAGAAGUAACUCAUGUGUGAUCAUUGCCCCAAUUGCAGUUGGUUUCACUGUUUGUGCCAACAUUUUGUCUGGUGGUACCCUUUUUGGUGCAGCAAUGAACCCUGCCGGGCUCUUUGGUCAAGCAAUUGUCAGCUGGACAUGGAAUAACCACUGGGUCCACUGGCUUGGUACAUUCGUUGGUGCUGCCAUAGCUUCCUUGGUCUAUGAAACCAUCUUCAUUACCAAUAAAUCUGAUGAUGACUGGCCGCUACCUAUUAUCAUCUGUGGGACCAACUCCACUGAAGGAAAUUCAAUUGAAUCCCUCCGUCAAAAAUUUCUACCAUGCUAAAAGGUUAUAAGCAAUUUUUUGUACAUAUAUAAGUUGUUAAAUCUCUUUGACACGUGAGAGAUUUUUAAUAUUGUGGUAAAUGGAGUUUAAAAUUUGUUUAGGUCAUAGGCUUAAUUUUAAUCCUAGCUAUGAAAUUCUUUUAUUCUUUUAUCCACUGGUUUGGACUUCUUCCUAUUAGAAUUCUUAUUCGAUAGAAUUAUAUCUCUAAUAUGAGUAAAUACAAAAAUAUCCCUGAUCUUAUCCGAGUUUUAUAAAAAGAUACUUAAACUUUAACUUCGACUUAUUACCCCACGAUUC